AUGCAACAAACUAUAUCACAACUCAGCCAGACAAAUAAACAGCUCGAAGAAGAGAAAUCAAGUUUAGUAACAGCCAUUAAAAUAAUACAAAAUGACUUUAAUCAGCAGGCUAUCUCGAAAAAGAAAAGCGGCGAAGCAAGAGAAGAGACCGGUGGUGGCAUUGAUGAUAAUACGUGGAAAAAAUCUAAGUCAAAGCAUCAAAGCAAGAGGCCAACUUCAUUACUAUCGAACAGUGGUCAAAAUAGUAAGCGUAAAACCGGUGGCAUAAAACUAAAAAAUCAAUACGAAACCUUAACCGACAAAAAUCCUGAAUCUUCAAGUUCAUCAUCUAAUAUCGAAUCUGACGAGAAACCAAACGAUAAGUUAAAAAGUUCAACAAAAGGAACCCAUGUUCGAAGACAAAAAAGAAAUUGA